GGUAUAUUUCUGAUGGUCAGACCGUAUAUUUGAUCAACAAAUCCGCCGUGACACGGCUCUAGUCCACCUCUUUCUUCUUUCGCCAAUCGCCAACCGAAACACGGUUGAAUUGUUGGAAUCAUGGUAAACGGCCGCAUACCAUCGGUCUUCUCGAAGACCUAUGUGACUCCCCGUCGCCCCUAUGAAAAGGCGCGUCUGGAUCAGGAGUUGAAGAUCAUUGGCGAAUAUGGUCUUCGCAACAAGCGUGAGGUGUGGCGCGUCAAGUACGCUCUGGCCAAGAUCCGUAAGGCUGCCCGUGAGCUGCUGACCCUCGAUGAGAAGGACGAGAAGCGUCUUUUCCAGGGCAAUGCCCUUCUGCGUCGUCUGGUGCGCAUUGGUGUCUUGGACGAAUCUCGCAUGAAGCUCGAUUACGUGCUAGGCCUGAAGAUUGAAGAUUUCUUGGAGCGUCGUCUGCAGACCCAGGUCUUCAAGCUUGGAUUGGCCAAGUCCAUCCAUCAUGCCCGUGUGCUGAUCCGCCAGCGUCACAUUCGUGUGCGCAAGCAAGUUGUCAACAUCCCAUCGUUCGUUGUGCGCCUGGACUCCCAGAAGCACAUCGACUUCUCUCUGAAGUCGCCCUUCGGUGGCGGCCGUCCUGGUCGCGUCAAGCGCAAGAACCUGAAGAAGAACCUGGGUGGUGGUGCUGUUGCUCCCGAAGAGGAUGAGGACUAAGCUAUGGUAGCCUGCCAAUUCGACUAUAUGGCGCAAAAUUUUAUACAGUUCAAACUUUGUUUUACACAAUAAAUGUAAAAUGGCCAAAAGUUGACGUGGCUUUAAUAAGAUGAAAUGGA